AAGAUUUAAAAAAAAUCACAGUUGACUUUCUUUUUCUUUGCAAAAAUUUAAAAUAGUAAUUAAAUAUUAAAAGAAACUGAUUUACUAAUGGUUACAAAAUCUCUGAUAGAAUACAAAUAUAAGAGAAAUAAUUGCGAAUAAUUAAUAAUUUUAUAUCUUGACAUAUUAUAAGCAGGUAAAUGUCAUUUUCAAUAUUUUCAAUAAUUCAUGUAAGUCUAUAUUACUAAUCAGUUUAUUAAUUAAAGUUCUAAUCUAAUCUAGCUUAAAGCUUUUUAAGUUAAUUAAAUUCUAGCUUUUAACCAUUAAUUAUUUUUUAUAAUGUUCAAUGAUUAUUUGAUUAUUAUAACUUUUUAAAUUUUUAUUUUUUGACAAAUAUGAUAUAAUCUUUUAUCAAAAUCUAUAAAUGAUAGUUUUGGAAAUUAAUAAUUGUUAUCAAAAUUGUAUUACAAAUACUAUGAAUGUUUCUUAUGAUAUUUAUAACAUUAAAAAAAUUAUAUUAGGUAUAUAGAUAUAUUUCACAUAUAAAUUCAAAAUUUUAAUUUUAUGAUAAUGAAUGUACAUCAGUGUUUUAUUCCCAUAAGAAAUCAUGUAUGCGUUUUAUCAAAAUGCUAUACAAAAAGUGUAAAACAUCAGACAGCAGGAAUAAUUGUUAUUGGAGAUGAAAUAUUGAAAGCUCAAGUAAAAGAUACAAAUUCGUACUACAUGUGUAAUUUAUUAUACAAAUGUGGUAUUAAAGUAAAAAAGAUUUCUGUCAUAAGCGACGAUGUUGAAGAAAUCUCAGAAGAAAUUAAAGAUGCCUCCAACAAAUAUACUUAUGUUAUAACAUCUGGUGGAAUUGGACCAACGCAUGAUGACGUUACAUAUAAAGGUCUUGCCAAAGCUUUUAAUGAUAAGUUACAUUAUCAUCCCAAAUUAGUAGAUAUAAUAAAAAAUUAUUUUGGGAUCAAUGAUGCUUUAUCUCCUGUUUAUAAGAUAGCUCAGAUUCCUCAGAAAGCAUCUCUAAAGUUUGGUUUAAAUACAAACACAAGCAAACCAAAUAUUUAUCCAUACGUUGUAUUAGAAAAUGUGUACGUUUUUCCUGGUUCACCUGUGUUUCUUGAAAAAUCCUUCCAAAGUUUAUAUGAGGAAUUACUUUCUACAAACCAGAGAUUUGUAAAGGAAGAAGUAUUUAUUAAUGUUAGAGAAGAUUUAUUUGCAAAUGCUUUAUCAACUGUAGUACAAGAAUUUCCCAAUGUUUCUUUUGGUUCUUAUCCAGUGAGCAAUUGCAGGUAUUUUAAAGCAUUUGUAACUAUAGAAAGUGAUAACGAAAAUGAUACUAAGAAAGCGAAACAGAGAUUUUACGAAUUGAAUCCUGCAAAUAUCUUCGUAAAUUUUGAUCGGACGCCACAUAUAGAAUGUAUUAUCAAGUAUAAUAAUUUUCUUCAAAAUUGCUUACGUCGAUCGAUUUACGAGCAAUCUGUUGAAAAGAUUAGACAAUUUUACCAGAAUCCUGAACGUGUUUUAAUACUUAUCGAUGGUAGUAUAGAGUCAAGUAUUAUUAUUCAUCUCGCUCACAUAUGUAAAACUCAAUUGCAUUUUAAUAACAAAUUGCAAGGAGUUUAUUUCAAGAAAAAAGAGAUGCCGGAUGACAUAGAUGAAUUCAUCAAGGAAAUGAUUGACAAAUAUGAUUUAAUAGUACAUACUGUGGAAACUGCAACUGAUAAUAAGAUUAUUCAAUCGCACUUACGGCCGACAUUACUAAUUGGAAAGGCCGAAGAAAGCGAUGAAACUAGAAUUAACUCUAAUUAUAACAGCAUGGAUAAUUUGGAUCAAUUACAAAUCAAUAAUCCCUUGCGUAACUGGACGAAAAAAGAUGUAUGGACUUUUGCUUCAUCAUUAUAUUUAACAUAUAAAUUAGCAGUUUGAUAAAAAUGGUAAGAAGAAAUUACAUCUUAAAAAUUGUAAUUAAAACAAAUAGAUGAUAUAAUCUGUUUUUAUGAUAUUAUUUCACGCGUUGUAUUGUACAGCAUGAAUGUUGCGCGUAAUGAAGGAAAAUUGUAACGAUAUAACAAUAAACAUAUGAGACGGAA